UUUGUCUUCCUUCAACUAGAGAAUUCUUUUUUCUUUUCUCUGAAAAAAAAAAACUAAAAAAACUAAUGGCUUCCCAAAAAGUUAUUACUAUCAUCACUACUUCCUCCGAUAACUCCGCCGGAGAUUCACACCCGCCGGCGAAUUGUCCGAAAGGACACUGUUUGUGCUCUCCGACGACCCAUCGAGGAUCGUUCAGGUGCAGGUACCACCGUACCUCUGGUGAGACAACAAGUGCUGCAUGGUUCAAGAGAUCAAAAUCCAUGCCUGUUAAUAAUAAUAAUAAUAAUAAUAAUAAUAAUAAUAAUAAUAAUAAUAAUAAUUUGUCAUCAAUUUCUCCUAAGUCAGUUGAAUCUACUUAAAUUAAAUUACUAGUAAUUUGUACUUUUUCAUAUAUAUAUGUUUUUUACUGGAUAAAUGGAAAAGUACUUUUUUUUUUGGUUUUUAUUGAAUAUGUACAGUAUAUACACUUUGAUAUUGCUUUUUUUUUUGGCGGAAUCAAAAUUUAAAAUGUACGAGUUAUGAAAUUUUCAUUAGUUUAUUUGAGUUAUUUGUGUUACAAUUAA